UAUUUUUCUGGUCAUAGAGGGCAGAACAAUGCACGCGAUGAUAAAUAUCAAUGGAUUCCUUCAUGUGAUAUCCGAGAAGAUCGAAAAGCUAACGUGUUUACCGUUCACGUGGCAGACAAGUCGAAGCUGCUUCGGACUUCGAAUCCUAAUUCCAACGAGAAGAAGACUUCAGAAAGACUCCCAAGUCCCAACUUCACAGUCCUCUGCUCCUCGCCAGCCUCAUAAAAAGAUCGCCUUUUCCGUUCCACUUUCUCUCGUUUCUUUCUUUUCUUGACACCCUCAGAUUCGUUCUGCUCGCUCGUCUUUUCCGUUCAUGGGAACUUCUCUUUAUUCGCAGCAGCUACUGAAAAUGCAUCGCCCACCUCUUUGCGAUUCUGAUUCUGCUUUUGCUACCAAUUUUGCUCCUUUGGCUUCGUCUUCUUGUUCGGGCAUUGGAGCUUCUCGCGGGCUUGAAAUGGGAUUGAAACUGAGUAAAAGCGUAUCCGGGGGCAGCGGGGGAAGUCUUUCCAGAAAGACAAGGGAAGGUGCACACCGAGGAAAGGCUAAAGUUUAUGGGCGUCAGGCUCAAGAACGCGUGCUCGAGGAAGAAGCCCCAGAAGUAUCAGAGAUCCAAAGACCAUUCAGAGUUUUUCCAGGCCAGGCAUUUCCAUUAGGGGUAUCAGAAGUCGAUAAUGGAAUCAACUUUGCUAUAUUUUCGCAGAAUGCAACUGCAGUAACACUUUGCUUAUCACUUCCCCAGAGUGGGAAGGCUAGCAGAGUGGAUCAGGAACUUAUUGAGCUAGCUUUGGAUCCUCACAACAACAAAACCGGAGAUAUUUGGCAUAUAUUCAUUGAGGGUGUGCCUCGGAGCAAUGUCCUUUAUGGUUAUCGCAUGGAUGGUCCACGAGGUUUUAAUGAAGGACAUCGAUUUGACCACAAUAUUGUGCUUAUAGAUCCUUAUGCCAAACUCAUAGAAGGUCGUCGGUUUUACGGAGAUACCAGCCAUAAGCUGUCAAAAUUUCUUGGAACUUAUGACUUUGAUAGUUUGCCUUUCGAUUGGGGAGAGGACUACAAGCUUCCUAAUAUACCUGAGAAAGAUCUUGUUAUAUAUGAAAUGAGUGUUCGUGCAUUUACAAUUGACGACUCCAGUGGGCUAGAUUCUGAUAUACGUGGAAGCUAUCUUGGAGUUAUUGAAAAGAUACCCCAUCUUUUGGAGCUUGGAGUAAAUGCAGUGGAAUUGUUGCCCGUUUUUGAGUUCGACGAGUUUGAGUUUCAAAGGCGAAGAAAUCCGAGAGAUCACAUGAUUAAUACUUGGGGAUACUCUACCAUAAAUUUCUUCUCUCCCAUGAGUCGCUAUGCUAGCGCUGGUGGAGGACCUGUUAAUGCUUCCCAAGAGUUCAAGGAAAUGGUCAAAGCUUUGCAUGGUGCCGGCAUUGAGGUCAUUCUGGAUGUUGUGUACAAUCACACUAAUGAGGUUGAUGAUAAGAAUCCUUAUACAACUUCUUUUCGUGGAAUUGAUAAUAAGGUUUAUUACAUGUUGGAUUCAAACGGCCGUUUGCUGAACUUCUCUGGCUGUGGAAACACGUUAAACUGCAAUCAUCCUGUGGUCAUGGAACUGAUUCUUGAUAGCCUAAGGCAUUGGGUUACCGAGUAUCAUGUGGAUGGAUUCCGAUUUGAUCUUGCUAGUGUCCUUUGUCGAGGAACAAAUGGUUCUCCCAUUAAUGCACCUCCACUAAUUAGGGCGAUUGCAAAAGAUGCUAUAUUAUCAAGGUGUAAAAUUAUUGCUGAACCAUGGGAUUGUGGAGGCCUUUAUCUUGUCGGGAAGUUCCCAAACUGGGACAGAUGGGCUGAAUGGAAUGGAAAGUAUCGUGAUGAUAUAAGACGAUUUAUCAAGGGUGACCCUGGUAUGAAGGGGAGUUUUGCCACUCGACUUGCUGGAUCUGCUGACCUAUAUAGAAUCAAUAAGCGCAAGCCCUAUCAUAGUGUCAAUUUUAUCAUUGCACAUGAUGGAUUUACACUGUAUGAUCUCGUAUCAUACAACUUUAAGCACAAUGAUGCUAAUGGGGAAGGUGGAAAUGAUGGAAGCAAUGAUAAUUUCAGUUGGAACUGUGGUUUCGAAGGAGAAACUGAUGAUGUGAAGGUCAAGGCCUUGCGCUCCAGACAAAUGAAAAACUUCCAUUUGGCCCUUAUGGUUUCUCAGGGAGUCCCAAUGAUGCUAAUGGGAGAUGAAUAUGUGCAUUCGCGCUAUGGAAAUAACAACAGCUAUGGUCAUGAUACUGCUCUUAACCACUUUCUGUGGACACAGUUGGAUGAGAGAAGGACAAGUCAAUUCAGAUUCUUCUCGGAGAUGAUAAAAUUCCGGCAAAGGCAUCCUCUGUUUCGUCAUGAAGAUUUUCUUAGCAAACAGACUGAUGUGACGUGGCACGAGGACAAUUGGGACAAUCAGGAAAGCAAGUUUCUUGCGUUCACGCUUCACAAUAAAAAUGGAGGAGACAUCUAUAUAGCCUUUAAUGCUCAUGACUUUUUCGUCAAAGUUGCAAUACCGCCUCCACCGACGAAUAGGUGCUGGUUUCGUGUGGCGGACACGAACCUCGAAUCGCCCGAUGACUUUGUCUCCAAAGGCGUCCCGGGCUUAGGAACCAAAUACAAUAUUGCUCCGUAUUCAUCUAUUCUAUUUGAAGCGAAGCUGUGACGAGGUGUGAAUUUGCGCAAGGAUGAGUAUAGUAGCUUUCUUUUUCCUCUAUGGCGCGGAAGGAGUGAUGGAGCACGGAGGUCUGUCUUAACGCAAAAGUCCUAUUUGUAUUUUUUGAGUGCGGUGUGAUUUCAGUAGGUACUUGGUAUGAGAUAUGAUGUUAGUUCUAAGAUUAUGCAAGAAUGAUGGACACUGUACACGGCUGUACUACUUAGUAGUAAGGAAGAAUUCUAUUCAU